AUGCGCUUCCACAUUGCCGCACUUCUGGGUGUGGCCUCCUUGGCUUUUGCCGCUCCAUUUCCGAAUGUAUCGGCUCACCCUCUUCCUGACGGACUACCUACUCCAAGCCCCAGUGAGCUGGAGGUGAUUGAGCAGAAUUCUCACGGAACUCUGUCAAAUGCACCUCCUCCCGUUGGUAUCAGCCAAGGAGGAAUCACCAACCUCAAGCUUAUCGCAUUCAACGAACUGUUUGAAGUUGCCUUCUUCGACCAACUGAUUAAAAACAUCAUCGACAGGGCCUUGGGUUAUCGCUUCGCUGACGAAGACGAUUAUGACUUUGUUUUGGAUGGCUUGAAGGUGAUUCUGGCUCAAGAGGAGCUCCAUGCCCUGGAUGCCAACAAUGCCUUGGCCCAUGUGGGUAUUGACCCAAUCCAGCCUUGCCGGUAUACUUUCCCGGUCCAUGAUUUCGAUACCGCCAUUUCGCUCGCCACCACCUUCACAGAUGUGGUUUUGGGAACCCUACAGGACGUCGUGGAGAAAUUUGCUAUCGGCGGUGACUUCGCGCUAACACGUGGGGUUUCAUCCAUUAUUGGCCAGGAGGGAGAACAGCAGGGUUGGUUCCGCAUCAUGCAGGGCAAGGUGCCUAGUGAACUGCCUUUCUUGACGACCAGUGAUCUCAACUUUGCCUUCACUGCCAUUCAGAGCUUCGUCGUGCCUGGAACCUGCCCCAACAUUGACUCCAUUCCGCUUAAGACUUUUGCACAUCUCAACGUCAUCAUACCCCCGACUGCAGAUACCAAAAACAUUAAGUUUUCCUUCGAUAAUCAAAAGGGGAUCGACCCUAGCACCCUUUGGCUCACCUAUAUCAACCAGCAAAAUCUGCCGAUCGUGGAAUCUCUCCGGGUUAUCUCCAAAGAGGACGAGACGAUUACUGCAGAGGCUUUGUUCCCCUAUGACGCACAUCAGAUGAACGGGUUUACCAUCGCUGCGGUUACCACAGCCAAGGGGCCAUUCCCAAAUGCAUACAGCGUGGCGAAAGCGACUCUCGCCGGACCUGGCCUUUUCGUCAUCGACUGA